GAUAAUUUGACAAUGAUUUUCCUAUAAUUCGUUGUGCUAUUUUUAUUUUUAUGACAAUGAAAUUUUAAAUCAUAUGAUAAGAAAAAUAUUAUAAAAUGAACUUGUUUUCUAAGACAUUACCUUUAAUUCGAUGCAAUAGAAGUGUUAUACCCGUCACAAUAGGGUUCUGGAGAUCUAGUCUUCGAUAUCUUUCUAGUCAAAAAGAAGGAGGCCUGACUAAAAGUCGGGCUUCUCAAGAUAGUGGAGAUGUGUCUACUGACGUUAGACCGCUUGGAGAAAAAAUCAAAGAAACAACUAAGACUGUGUCUUACACAGGGAUUAUAUUAGUUGGUGUUGGAGUGACUGGAGUAAUAUUUUACUAUGUUUUUAGGGAAUUAUUCUCCAGUAACAGUCCCAAUAGUAUAUACUCAGAAGCGCUUGAAAAAUGUAAAAAUGACCCCAGAGUUGAGGACGCUUUAGGUGCUCCAAUAAAGGGAUAUGGAGAAGAAACAUCAAGAAGAAGGCGGACUCACGUUAGUCAUGCUGUUUAUGAAAAAAAUGGAGUUAAGCAUAUGCGCAUGAGGUUUUACAUUAAGGGUAUCAGAAAUAAAGCUGUAGUGGAAUUGGAUAUGAAGCAGAAUGAGUAUGGAAAUUACAUGUGCCGUUACUUACUUGUGCAGCUGGAUGACUACAGUGGAAAGACAUUCAUAAUUGAAGAUAAUAGAGCAGAGUUGGACAAAUCAUCAGCUGAAUUUAAUGGUCAAUUUCCAACAUUAACACUUACUCAGUGAAAACUCAAGUGCUAUGUGUAUUAGUUAAGUUAUAGAAAUGUGAAUAAAAUGUACAGACAGAUAUUA